AUGGAAACAAGGUCCUCCCGCGCGCGCCUCCGCCGCACAUUCCGCUACCCCGACGACUCGGACACGCCGUCCGCCCUCGACGAACAAGGUCCUCCCCUCUCCGCCCCAGCCCUACCAUCCGCAGAGACCGCAGCUAACGCGCCGCCACCAUCAGAGCAGGAAACCCUCAUCGCAGACCUCGCCGCGCAGAACCACCAGACAAACACCUCCUUCGCCGCCGUCCUGCUCGCCUUGCCCGCGCUCUCGACAAUCCCCUACAUGCCACUCCUCUUCCGCGCGCCGCCAAACCCCGUCAUCGCCAUCCUGUCGCUCACCUCCCUCCUCUCCACGGCCUACGUCCUGUACAAGCUCCCGCCGCCAGAGACGGGCAUCGCACCGCUGGACGCAUGGAUCCAAGGGGGCGACGUUCCCGCCGGGAGCGAGACGAUCCGUCGGCUGAGGAGGGGCGCCGGGCCCGACAAGAGCCCGCUGGAGAUGUACUUGCCGUACCUGAACUGCGUGCUGGCCGGCGUGCUGGUGGUGCUGGGCUUGGUGCUGGGCAGAGGGGAGGGGAGCUUUGCGUGGAUCGGCAUGGGGAAUCUACCGGCCAUUGUGUACGGAAUUGUUUUGCUGGCAAAGGUUGUCAUGGGGAGCGUCGACCCUGAGAGGGAGUUGGGUGGUUUGAAGUAUGGGUUUAAAGGCGCUUGA